CGCCCGGCCCCGCGCCCGCCGCCCGGACCCCGCCCCGCGCCCGCCGCCCCGACCGCGUUGCACUUGCCGGCAGCGGGGCAGGUGGAGGCGCGGCGCGCGGGGCUACGGGCGGCUCCCCGCCAGGCCGGUGUCCCUGGAGCAGCCCCAUGGCAGCCUGGAGGAACCCCCAGUGUCUGCGGGUGUGGAUGGUCUUUCUGCACACGGCAUUCCUGCAGACCACAGCAGAGAAAUCCCCUGGAGCAUACUUCCUGCCUGAGUUUGCACUCUCCCCACAGGGGAGUUUUCUGGAAGAUACCACAGGGGAGGAGUUCCUCACUUACCGCUAUGACGACCAGCUUUUAGUUUGCUGCAUUUACCCGCUCUGCAAAUCCUGCCCAAGCCCAUUUUCCAGAAAGACCUCCAGAAAUGCUCAUUCUGAAGAAGACACAGAUGGCAGCUGGGAUGCCUGGGGGGACUGGAGCGACUGUUCCCGCACCUGUGGGGGAGGGGCCUCGUACUCACUACGCAGGUGUUUGACCGGGAGGAACUGUGAAGGGCAGAAUAUUCGGUACAAGACAUGCAGCAAUCAGGACUGUCCUGCUGACGCUGAAGACUUCCGAGCCCAGCAGUGCUCAGCCUACAACGAUGUCCAGUAUCAGGGUCACUACCACGAGUGGCUGCCCCGGUACCAUGACCCUACUGCCCCCUGUGCUCUCAAGUGCCAGGCACGGGGCAGGAGCCUGGUGGUGGAGUUGGCACCCAAAGUGCUGGAUGGGACCCGCUGCAACACAGACUCUCUGGAUAUGUGCAUCAGCGGGACCUGCCAGGUGGUGGGCUGCGAUCAUCAGCUGGGAAGCCGGGCCAAGGAGGACAGCUGUGGCGUGUGCGCUGGGGAUGGCUCUACCUGCAGACUCGUGCGGGGCCAAUCCCAUGUCUCACCAGAAAAGAGAGAGGAGAAUGUCAUUGCUGUUCCUCUGGGGAGCCGGAGUGUGAGAAUCACAGUGAAGGGGCCUGCACAUCUCUUCAUUGAGUCCAAAACCCUGCAUGGCAGUCGUGGCGAGUACAGCUUCCCUCGCGCCGGAACGUUUAUGGUGGAGAACAGCACAGUGGAGUUCCAGCGCGGCCCCGAGAGGCAGACGUUCAGGGUUCCAGGACCACUCAAUGCUGACUUCAUCUUUAAGGCCCGACACGUGGCAGCCCGGGACAGCGUUGUCCAGUUCUUCUUCUACCAGCCUAUCAGCCAUCAGUGGCGGCAGACCGACUUCUUCCCCUGCACAGCCACAUGUGGUGGAGGCUACCAGCUCAACUCCGCAGAGUGCGUGGACAUGCGCCUGGGACGGGUGGUCCCCGAUCACUACUGCCACUACUAUCCGGAGAAUGUGAAGCCCAAGCCCAAGCUGAGGGAGUGCAGCAUGGAGCCAUGCCCAUCCAGUGACGGCUUUAAAGAGAUCAGGCCUUAUGACCACUUUCAGCCCCUGCCCCGCUGGGAGCACAACCCCUGGACCGCGUGCUCGGUCUCCUGUGGCGGCGGCAUCCAGAGGCGCAGCUUCGUGUGCGUGGAGGAGUCGGUGCAGGGCACUGUCCUGCAGGUGGAGGAGUGGAAGUGCAUGUACGCACCCCGGCCCCAUGUGCUGCAGACCUGCAACCUCUUCCACUGUCCCCGAUGGGCUGCCAUGGACUGGUCACAGUGCACGGUGACCUGCGGCCGUGGGCUCCGCUACAGAGUGGUCCUGUGCCUUGACCACCGGGGCGAGCAUGUGGGCGGCUGCAAUCCACAACUGAAGUUGCACAUCAAGGAGGAGUGUGUGGUCCCUGUUCCGUGCCACAAGCCCAGAGAGAAAGGCCCGGUGGAAGCGAGCUUGCCGUGGCUGAAACAGGCUCAUGAGCUGGAGGAGAGGGGACGAGUGUCUGAGGAACCCACGCUCAUCGCCGAGCCCUGGUCCCCUUGCAGCACCACGUGUGGGCCAGGCAUCCAGCUCCGGGAGGUGCGGUGCCUCGUGUUCCUUACCUUCACACAGACAGAGACGGAGCUGCCUGCCAAUGAGUGCCAGGGCCCCACGCUACCCACCCAGCGGUCCUGCCUCCUUCGAGCCUGUGCGCAGAGCCCCAUCGCCCACCAGCCACCCUCGCCGCUCAUCCCUGAUGGCCAGACAGCCUACGACUGGGAGUACGCCGGCUUCACCCCCUGCACCGCCACCUGUUGGGGAGGCCCGGUGCUUGUGCUUGCCCUUCCCACAGUGCACAGCUCUCAGUCCCUGGGGUGUUCUCCCCACCCACCCCCAGGCCACCAGGAAGCCAUCGCCGUGUGCCUGCAUGUCCAGACGCAGAGGGUUGUCAACGAGUCCCUGUGUGACAGAACCCACCGGCCCCCAGCCAUGAGCCAGACGUGCAACACUAAGCCCUGUCCACCCAGGUGGCAGACAGGCCCAUGGGGACCCUGCUCAGCUAGCUGUGGGGUGGGCAUCCAGACCCGAGAGGUUCAGUGCCUGCACCCUGGGGAGUCCUCAGCCCCACUCCAGGACUGCCCUGAGGAGAAGCCUCAUGGCUUGCAAGCCUGCAGCCAGUUCCCCUGCCCCCCCACCUGGCAUGUCGAGGACUGGCAGCAGUGCUCUAGGACAUGCGGGGGUGGCACCCAGUGGCGGAGGGUCACCUGCAGGCAGCUGCUCACAGACGGUAGCUUCCGGAGUCUCUCAGAUGAGCUGUGCCCAGUGCCCAAGGCCUCGUCCCACAAGUCCUGUGCCAGAAUUGACUGUCCGCCUCAGCUCACCACAGGCCACUGGUCACAGUGCUCUGUGAGCUGUGGCCGGGGGACUCAACGCAGGAAGCAGGUGUGCCACAGGCUGACAGCUGGGGGCCGGCGUGUGCCUGCCAGCAAGCAGAUGUGUGAGCCCAAUGCAGAACUCCCACUUGUGCGGACCUGCUGGAUGCCAGCCUGCCCUGCGGUGCAGGCGGAGCUCGGGGGGCAGCGCCCUGAGAUCCUCGGCGUGCGCAGGGUUUACAUUCAGACCCGGGCACAGCUGCGCGUCACCCUGACGGUGGGCAGCAGAGCCUACCUGUGGCCCAACACUUCCGUGGUCAUCCGGUGCCCCGUGCGCCACUUCCAGAGACUGCAGGUCCGGUGGGAGAAGGACGGCCACUGUCUGCACAGCUCCCCACGCCUGGCCAUCACCAAGUCAGGUGCCCUGAAACUGCGCCGCCUCGCCGCUCCCGAUAUCGGCACCUACCACUGCAUCGCAGGCUCUGCUCGGGACUCUGUCCUCCUCAAGCUCAUUGGGACAGACAACCGGCUCCUCCUGCCCCCAGCAGUCAGAGAGCAGAGUGGAGUCUCUCCCACUCUGGAGAGCCUGGACCAUCAGGCCGACCCCCUCGGAGCCACACGCCAUAAAAUGAGAGCCAGCCAGAAGGUGCUUCAGUCAGUCAAGGGCCAGGCUGCCCAGCAGCCUUCCUGGGACGCACUGUUGGGCCCCUGUGGGGGCACUGGCAGCUUCUGGGAGCUGCAGCAGCUGGAAGGGGCUGCACAACUCGGAGCAUACAGUAUGGACGUGGGCCAGUUCGAGGAGCUAAUUCGGAACAUGAGCCAGCUGGUGGGCACAGGGGAAGCGGGUGAUGACCUGGCAUCUCAGCUCAUCUACCAGCUGGUGGCCAGCCUUGCAGCUGUGCCCCAGCAGAGAGAGGUACCCCCAUACCCAGACAUGGAAGGCACAGGCAAACCCACCCUCCAACCUCAGGGACCCACUCUUGUGCGUUCCAACCAGGCACCCUCUGUGUCACUGAACCAGACAGUCAACAUCAGGAUUGGAGACACAGCAUAUGUGACACCCAGGACCACAGUUGUCAACAUCUUGUGUGAGCUGCUCACCCCCAUGGAGGCCACAUUCAUGUGGACCAAGAAUGGGGCUCCUGUCCAGCCCUCUGACAGAAUAAUCUGGGAUGGAAUGGGGAAAAUGCAGAUACGGAACCCAACGAAGAAAGAAGAAGGGCUUUAUGGAUGCUUGGUGUCCAGCCAUCUGGGUUCCGACACAGAACGUUCUCUGGUGUUGUUCGCAGAGGCCCCUGCCAUCCUAUCUGUGGAAAGAGUGGUCACUGUGCCCAAGCAUAGCCACCUGUCAGUCGUAGUUGGGGGUGUCAUCGAAGCCGCUUUGGGAGCCAACGUGAUGAUCCACUGUCCUACAGAUGGUGUCCCUGCACCCCAUGUGACUUGGGCAAAGGCAGGAGGAGGGCAUCUGAGUGAUGGUGACUCUUCGCUUCUCAGUGCGUCCCUGCGACUGUACAGUGUCGGCCUCCGCGAUGAGGGCACCUAUGUCUGCACAGCCACCAAUGCCCUGGGGGAGGCAACGGCCCACACUGAACUACGCCUGCAGGAACAAACACAGCCCAGCAGCCACUUUUCAUUCCGCAAGAACCACAGGAAGCCCGAGGUCCACGAUGCUGAUCCAACAAGCGAAGCCCCCCCUCCAGAACUCUCCUGGAAACUGGGGCACUGGACGCCGUGCUCAGCCUCCUGUGGCCCCUUGGGGACCCGUGUUCAGAAAGCCCAGUGUGUAACAGCCACUGGGCAGCACGUGGUUGAGGCCCUGUGUGCCCACCUGAAGAAGCCACGGGCAUCUUGGCAGCCAUGCCACCCCCGGGACUGCCCCCCCAGGUGGGUCACAGGGGCCUGGUCCUCAUGCUCUGUGUCGUGCGGCAAAGGGUUUCGCCAUCGGCAGGUGAUGUGCUACCGCACCAGAGCCUCAGGAGGGGUGCAGCUGCUGGCUCCCCCUGCCUGCGCCCCCAGGGACCGUCCCCUGGGCAAAAGAGCCUGCACCCAGCCCCCAUGUGACCAGUGGGACAUCAAGCUAGGGAGCCAGUGUCCUGAGCGUUGCCUGGGUCAUGCUGGAAGCUCACAGCCACUGUGGGGACUAUGUCCCCACCACAAUGACUCCAGCUGUGAGGACAGCAGAGGCCACCCCGGGAGGAGCUGCUCGCCGCGGGACUGUAUGGGCUGUUGGCUCCUGCACCCCUGGGGGUCUUGCUCAGCCCCCUGUGGUGGGGGCUUCCAGGUCCGAAGGGUGCGUUGCUUGCACCCCCACACCUGCCUGCCCCUGGCCGAGGGACGUUGUGUGCAGAGACAUAAGCCUGCAGCCCGGAGACCCUGUCUGGGCCCCCCGUGUGAGCGGGACUGACUGACCGGAGUCCACCCGCAGCUGCCACUGCUUCUGAGACACUGCCGCGCAGCGCCCCGAACACCUGCUCCUUGCCUGGCAGGCAUGGGUGGUGCCAGGCCUAUGGUGAGGCUGAGCUGUGGCCGCCCAAAUGCUGCUGGGAAGAGUGAGGAAGACGGUUCCUCUCCCAGGACUGCUGCUGACAGAGACUUGAGAACCUGUUCAGGGGUUGAGUGAGGAUGGCACUGCACAAGCCGGCCAGCAAGGGGGCACCCUUCAGAGGCCUACCAGGAGGCCCUUCAUCUCGCCAAGCCAGACAACUUUGCCAGGAGACACAGAUGGGCGGAGUCCAGUAGCUGAUGCCCAAUUACCCACAGGGGACGAGCAACUAGCACUCCCUGGAGCGGCCCAGAUGGAGUGGUCUGAGCACUGUUCACAGAGCGUUCUCCUUUCCUGCCCACACUGACCGGGACUUCUGUGGAGUGUUCUGGAAGCCUUAGAAGGAAGUGACCUAAAUAUGGAUUGUGGCAGCCAAGGGGACUGUAGGUAGGGUUCUUCCAAGAGAAGGGCCAGUUGGGCCCUGCAGCAUCAGGGCUGGGGGUCAGGCGGGCCAUGCAGGUGGGAUUUGGGAAGGAUGAAGGAGGUGCUGUCUCAGGAGUUUGGUGGGAGUUGCUGGAGGAUGUUAGGUUAGAGUGGUGACGUCAGGUGCAUUGAAUUCUGUGGGGUGUGCUGGCAAUGGUCAGGGCAGAUGCCACGUUGGGUGCUGUGGUAGCUGUCCAGAGGGCUGGGUCUGGGGUUGGAUUGUACAUUCUGAUGCUGACUGGGCUUCGCACUCCAUCCCUCAUACAUCCCUGGCUCCUGCUCGGCACUGGGACACCAUCUACAGGGCCCAUGGGUGACGGUCUGGGAGAGCACCCAGGAGAGAAUGCGCCGCUCUCCCAGGAUUGGUGUGGCUGCCUGACACACAGGUUUGGGGGACAGAGUGGUCAAGGAGUGGUCAUGAGCAGAUAGGAGCCUGUGGCUUGUGAGUCACUCACUCUUGGCCAUUAAAGGUUUCUUAGUUAAGAGGAAUGUGGCCUGUAAAAUGCUCUGUACAUAGCCAUUAUGGGACGCUAAGGUGUAAUAUUUGAUUCUGUACAGACCAAUAAAGACGCAGGACAUCUGUUUA